UGUCGUAUUUGCGACAGUUGAGAUCGGAAGUGAGCCCGGGAUGCCGGUGUGUUCAAGGACCACGGCGUGGAUUCUCUCGAAGUUAUUUUGGAGGAGACAGUUCGUCCCCCGGUGCUCUAAGGCAGCACAUCACACACUUUGUGGGACAGUUUUACAGAAAAGUGCUGAUUUAAGUCCUGGAAUAAACCGGUUUACCGCACAGGGAGCAGGUCCCGGAGUUAUUUCACGUUUUUGUUCUAGGUUGGAGCAUCAGGGGUUCGGAGGAAUCAGCAUGUCGUCCACAGCCAUGUCUCAGAGGAUCGUCUGGGUGGACCUGGAGAUGACGGGCCUGGACAUAGAGAAGGAUCAGAUCAUUGAGAUGGCCUGCAUCAUCACGGACGCUGAGCUGAAACUUGUGGCUGAGGGGCCCAACCUGAUCAUCAAGCAGCCAGACGCGCUGCUGGACGGGAUGUCAGAGUGGUGCCAGGAGCAUCACGGGAAGUCAGGACUGACCCAGGCUGUGCGGGACAGUAAGAUCAGCCUGGAACAUGCCGAGUAUGAGUUCCUGUCCUUCAUCAGACUGCACACCCCCCCUGGACAGUGUCCCCUUGCUGGAAACUCAGUGCACGCAGACAAAAGGUUCCUGGACAAGUACAUGCCCCAGUUUAUGUACCACCUUCACUACAGGAUCAUUGAUGUCAGCACCAUCAAGGAGCUGUGCAGGCGGUGGUUUCCUGAGGAUUACAAGAUGGCCCCUCAAAAGAAAGCAACGCACAGAGCCCUGGACGACAUCCAGGAGAGCAUCAAAGAGCUGCUGUUCUACAGAGCCCACAUCUUCAAAGACUCUACAGAGGAGAAGAAACGCAAGAUAGCAGAGAACGGAGGCAGAAACGACAGUCAGCUCUCAUGAGGAUCUGGCAGUGCUGUGCUGCUGCAUCUCAACAUUCAGUGUGGUUCUUAUCAUCAUUGACUUUCUGUUCACUUGAGCUGCCCCAGGAUCUGUUAUUCCAUUAUGUUCAGAUUAAAAAGUAGACAUUUCAUCACAGAGAGAUGGUAACAGUUCAUUUGAAUGACCUUUUUGCAGUUUGCUGAUUUAGUAUUUUAUUCAGACCUGGUAUUGAUUUAAUUGUGUUCAUCUUGUUUAAAGUGAAACCAAAUAAAGUCUGGUACACCUUUA